UUUGACACAAGCAGUGUGAGCAGGCGAGACGAAGGCAGAGCUUUGGACGUCGAGAGGCAUCUGGGCUAAGACCACUGAAGGAAACUGAGGGGCUAACACUGAGGGCAUUUGUCUACCUCUCAUUUAGCAGUAGACAGUUUUUGGCCACAUAGAACCUGACGGACCUUUUGGCAAACGAGAACAGACUUAAAGGAUAAAACGUCAGCUUGCAACCAUCACCAAACAGAAACAUGUUUCUGUUGAAUAUCUGCGUCUACGCUGCUCUCAUGCUGUCCCUCCCUCAGUGGACGUAUCAGUCAUGCACAGACGGGACACCCAGACAGUGCUUGGAUGCAGAAUUUGCUCCAGGUAUCAAUUUGGCCGGGGAAGGCUUCGACAUCAUCAAAAUGGAACGUAAGGGGGCCUUCGUGAUCGACAUGAACCGGUGGAAACGCAAGGACAAGACGUGCACCCUGUGCAGCAACCCCUAUCUGGAGAACAGAAAGCAGAAGCUCCCCCUGUCAGUGGUGGACUGGAGGCCAAAUCAGGCCUGCAGCAUGAGAGUGGCCUCUAAACUGCACCGAUCCAGUGAGUCUCUGGUCACUUCCAGCUCCUCGUCUGUUGAAAACAACUGGAGUGCCAAUCUAGACCUUAAUGUGGGUCAGAAGGGCGGCUCAUUGAUGAUCGCUGGGACCCAUUCUAAACUGGCUGAUUACUCCAUGGAAAAAACUAAGAAUGACAAGUUCAGCUUCACGAGCCACAGCAUGUCCUGUGAGUACUACAGCUAUCGAGUGUCCGGCACUCCCAAGUUGCACAAAGAAUUUAACAAAGCAGUGAAACAGCUCCCCAAAGUCUACAGCCCUGAAAACAAGCAACGAUUUUACAAACUCAUCGACAACUUUGGCACCCAUUACAUCACCAAGGUGAAGUUGGGAGGAAAAGUUCAGUCUGUGACCAGCAUCAGGCAGUGCCAGGCCAGCCUGCAGGGCGUCAGCGUGGAGGAGGUGCAGAUGUGCCUGGAAGUUGAGGCAUCCGCCAGCAUCAAAGCCACAAUUAAUACUCAAUCGAAACACUGCAAGCAAGACAUUGACAAGACGGACAGUAAGACAUCCUUCUCUAGCCUCUUCAACGACAGGUUCACAGAAAUAAAGGGGGGUCAUACCACAGAGCCAGACCUUCUCUUCUCUGCUGACAAAGAUCCAUCAGCCUACAAGGAAUGGCUGAACACGCUACCACAGAAUCCAGACAUUGUCUCAUAUUCUCUGGACUCACUGCACGAAUUACUGCCUACUAACAACCCCGUCAGAAAGAAUCUGCGCUCGGCCAUCAGCCAUUACAUCCUGGAGAAAGGCCUGUGGAAGAACUGCAGUGAGCGCUGUCAGGCCGGCAUCAAGAGCGACUCGAGGGAUCACUGCGUCUGCCAAUGCCACAAUGACCCAGCUGUAAACCAAGACUGCUGCCCGACCCGAAAGGGCAUGGCACGGGUCAUCAUAACUGUGCGGCGGGCCUCUGGUCUGUGGGGAGACCACACCACAGCCACAGAUGGAUACGUGAAGGUGUCCUUCAAUGGGAUGCUGGUCCGGCGUUCUCCUGUCAUUAACAACAACAACAACCCACACUGGGCCAUGGUCGUCGACCUGGGCCCCCAGGAUUUGUCCAAAGGCAGUAAAGUGAGAUUUGAAGUGUGGGAUCAGGACAACACCUGGGACGACGACCUGUUGGGACAAUGCGAGCGGGAACUGUCUGCUGGAGUCAAGGAAGAUCUCUGUAACCUGCAGCACGGCAGGCUGUUCUACAAGUGGGAGGUGAAAUGUGCUCCGAGUCUGAGCGGGUCCUCAUGCACGGACUACAAACCCUCACCGAUGAGUCCAAGUCUGAAGAGGCUGUAUGUGUCCCGUCAUGCCCACCCGGUUCCAAAGGCCAUGCUGUUAGAGAUGGGUGUGUUUGUGGAAGAAACAAGCUCUCAGAGAAACCAGAGUCUCAGCGCAGAGAGUCACUCGUCUGAUGAGAUAUAAC